AUGCUCAUUGUCACCUCAAAUCAUAAACAGAGUGCGAGUAAAGUCAAAAUCGAUUCAUUUAUGGGACGUUUCUUCAUACCAGACCCCAUCACCUCAAACCUUUUUGCAGCACCCGGUUUUGAGAUGGACAUUCGUUCACAUAGAGGUGGUAGAGAAACGAGUCCAGACCGUGCCAAAAUAUGUAGAAUGAAGCAAAAAGUUAAAGCCAUUAGAAAAGUACAAGUUGUUUACUAUCUCUCAAGAAAUGGCCUACUGGAACAUCCACAUUUCAUGGAAGUUACUCUCUCUCCAACCCAACCUCUCCGUCUGAAAGAUGUAUUUGAUCGACUCAUGGCUCUGAGAGGAAGUGGCAUGCCUUCUCAAUAUUCAUGGUCUACUAAGAGGAACUAUAAGAGUGGAUAUGUGUGGCAUGAUUUGGCGCUGAAGGACAUAAUACAUCCAUCAGAAGGUGGAGCUGAGUAUGUACUGAAAGGAUCUGAACUUGUGGAAGGAUUUCAACAACUGAAUUUGAACGAGAAACAAACUAUUCAGCAACAGCCUGAUAGGUACAACGAUUCGAAGAGCAAGGUUGCGUUGAGUGGAAGACAGCAACCGAAAUUAGAGAGUGAGGAUCAUCAAUAUGAAGAAUAUGAAGAGGAAUUGUUAGAGAAAGAUUAUGAUCAUUUAGAUGGAGAGAAGACGAGCUAUACGAGUUCAACAACAACGCCGCAUUCUCGUUGCUCUAGAGGCGUUUCAACGGAGGAAUUAGAUGAGGUAGUUACAACUAAUAAUUCCAAUACUACCCCUACACCUCCGAAUCCAAAUUCCGCUACUACCCUUGCGGAGAAACUGAAACAAAGGGAUGAGAGGAGGGUUAACAAUGUGAUAACAACAAAUUACCCGAAACGGUUUGGGAAUGAGUCGCUGACGUCAGCACCGGUAUCUCAAAGUCGUUAUUCUGUUUUGCUGCAGCUGAUAGCGUGUGGGAGUUCUGGUGCGGAGAUGAAAGCAAAGCAGAAUGGAGGAGAGUCCCGGUUGAGUAAUGUGGGGACCAGUAAGAGGAGGGAGAGCGUUGAUGAGGAGGAGAAGCCGUAUGAUGAUGACGAUGAGAUAUGCUUAACGGAGAAUCCGAGGUUGUUAGGGAAUUUGCAAUCAGAGGAAAAGGAAUACUUCAGUGGGAGUAUUGUGGAAUCCAUGAAAGCGAACCGAGUCGCUUUCCAGGGUGAUGAACCCGUGCUCAAGAAAUCCAAUUCAUAUAAUGAAGAAAGGAGGAGCAGACUAGGAAUGGAGGAAGUGAAGUUGAAGGAAUCUUCAAAAGAAGACCAGAGAGUGGCAAAAGGAGGAGUGAGAGAGAAAUGCAUCCCGCUUAUAAAAUCUUCUAAAGAGAGUAGGAAAUGA